AGCGGUGCGUUGAUCAGAGGGCGGUGUGCGCACUUCAGUGGAGAGAUACACACUUUGGCAACGCAUUUGAUUCUAGGAGCUCAAGCAGCGCGCAACGGGGUCGCUUCCGAAGCAGUCAGAGAUUCGAGUCCGUCCGAAAGAUCGCCGUUUCAUUUUCGUAACUGUAUUAUAUUUCCAAUACAGUAUCGUUUAAAAAAAAUGUUGAGCACCAGAGAACGAUGGAAUAUCUGCAAAAGUGUGUGCGUGAUGUCUUUCAUCAUCGUGGCGACUCUGACCAUCGCGCAAAGGGGCACCACCACCAGCGGAGACCAUCUUCCAAUGCAGCUUUCACAGGGAGAGCUCAAAACCCAGAAGCGAAACGCCCUCCCCGGGGGGCACAACUUCUGGAAACAAAAGAAACACGAGGCUACCACCGAAGAAGCCACAGUGACCUACGACAGACCCCAGAGCCGAACUUGGGAUGUGACCACCACCAACUGCACUGCCAACUUGAACUUCACCCACAUGGAGUGGUUUGGUGGCCUGGAGUCUAAUUUUAAGCAGUUUCUCUUCUACAGACACUGCAGAUAUUUCCCCAUGGUCAUCAACCACCCCGAGAAGUGCAGUGGAGACGUCUACCUCUUGAUUGUCAUCAAGUCCAUCAUAACGCAGCACGACCGCAGGGAGGUCAUCAGGAAGACCUGGGGCAAGGAGAUGGAGGUCAACGGCAAUAAGGUCAAGACCUUGUUCCUCCUGGGGGCCGCCUCCAAGGAGGGUGAGCAAGCCAAUCACCAGAAGCUCCUGGAGUAUGAAGACUACAUCUACGGCGACAUCCUGCAAUGGGACUUCAUGGAUAGCUUCUUCAAUCUCACUCUGAAAGAGGUCCACUUCUUGAAAUGGUUUUCCACCUACUGCGAAAACGUGCAGUACAUAUUCAAAGGCGAUGACGACGUUUUCGUCAACACAGAGAACAUCAUGGAGUUUCUGGAUGGUAGCAAGGUUACAAAUCUGUUUGUUGGGGACGUGCUGUACAGGGCAAAACCCAUUAGAAAGAAGGACAAUAAAUAUUACAUCCCCCAUGCCCUGUAUAAUAAAACACACUACCCACCCUAUGCUGGGGGAGGGGGAUUUCUGAUGGGCGGGCAUGUGGCUAGAAAAUUAUAUGGAGCUUCGGAAACCUUGGAUCUCUAUCCCAUUGAUGACGUCUUCCUUGGAAUGUGUCUGGAAGUUCUGCAUGUGACUCCUGUCAAGCACGACGGCUUCAAAACCUUUGGGAUUGUGAAGAACAAGAACAGCAAAAUGAACAGAGAACCUUGCUUUUUCAAAAGCUUAAUAGUGAUCCACAAGCUGCUCCCUCCAGAACUCAUGCACAUGUGGAGUCUGGUCAAGAGAAACCUUGUUUGCUCACGGAAAAUAGAGGUUUUAUAGCCGUCUGGAUGCUUUACAAGCAGCAGGAGUCUAGGGGACUGACUGCACU